CUUAGAUAUAUCAGCUCCCUCUUCUCAACCACCUCGUCCAUGACAAAUUAGAUUUCUCUAGUGAUCUCCAACCACUUCUAUAUCUUCAUCUGCCCUUCACACUAAACAAUUCCCUCACCUUCACACACAAACAACACCCACCUCCAUGGGAUCCCUUUCCUCCCAGCUCCCUUCUCCUUCCCCCGCUCAUCCUUCUUCCACAACUACUCAUAAAAUUUACGCCUCCUUUUGCACAGCCAUAAUCUCCAACUGGAUUGAAUGUUACAAUCCAUCAGUUAAUGUAUGGCACCGAGUCACCACCAUCCCUGGCCUUAUCGAAAACCAGGUUUUAAAGGGUUUUUCCAUGGUCUCCAUUGGUCACUUUAUUUACAUUAUCGGUGGCAGACUCUGUCAGAAAUUGUCAGGCCAUGAACCUGACGAAAUCUUUGAGGUUGAUCUUGAAGUGCUUCCACGGGUUCUACGUUACGAUGCGGUUAAUGAUGUUUGGUCAAAAUGUGCUCCCUUACGUGUCCCCAGGUUUGACUUUGCUUGCACUGUGUGUGAUGACAAAAUCUACGUGGCUGGAGGACAAUCAAAGUUGUCAGGGGCAUGUGGAACUUCUUCUGCUGAGGUGUACGACCCGGGCCUUGACGAAUGGAAACUUUUGCCUAACAUGAACAUGUUGAGAUACAAAUGUGUGGCGGUGACGUGGCAAGGAAAGAUCCACGUGGUAGGUGGGUUUGCAGAGAAGAGAGAUGUGGAUAGAAAAAUUCCAUCGUGGGGAAUGAUGGAGAGGAGCUCAGCUGAAGUGUACGACUGGGAAAAUGCCAAGUGGGAUGUGAUUAGAGGGAUGUGGCAAUUAGAUAUCCCGCCAAAUCAGAUCGUCGCCGUUGAUGACAAACUUUUUAGCUCCGGUGAUUGCUUAAAUGCAUGGAAAGGACACAUAGAAGCAUUUGAUGGGAAACUGAACAUAUGGAACGAGGUAGAUGGGUCACAUUUAGAAACACUAUCAUCUCCAGUAUCAACAUCAGUAGCAAAUUGGCCACCAAUCAAAAGACUAUACCUUACGAUGGCUCCAAUAGGGACACAGUUAUACUUCUUGGCAGGUUACAGGAUGCCGGGGGAGAUAUCGAGAUCCAUGUGUAAUGUGCACGUGUUUGACACAUCAGCAAAUGGUGAUGGGUGGACUAGCUUGGAGCCAAUAGACGAGGAAGGAGAGAAAGAGCUUUGCAGCCACUGCUGUGUCCUCAGGCAACCGCAGAUGUAGACACAGCAUCAAGGAAAAACCAUUAUCAUUCACCAUAUUAUUUAUGACACUUUAUUAAUGGUAAUAGUAAUAGAAUCGUUGUAACAUAUCGACAAGUAUUGCAAUAAUAGGGGAGUUGGGAUCAUUACCAAUCACAAGUUUUCCAUUAAAUAAGAUCCAUCUUCAACCUAUGGUCCUAACUUUCAUAUGUGAUUUCCUUUAUCACAGAAUUUUCCUUGUAAUAUCCUUCUAAUCUGAAUCAAGAAGAGCAUUACUGCUUUU